GUGGCCCUGCCCGGGCAGGGCGGCUCGGCUCGGCUCGGCUGGGCUGGGCUGCCUCCCGCUCCCCGCCGAUGCCAUGCUAAGACCAGAGGUUUCCGCGUCCUACCAGGAGAAAUUCCAGCAAUUGCAAGUUGAGAGCAUGUUUGGAAAUUGAACCACUGUUUUAACUACACAGCUGAGUGAAGAUGUGGAGAGAGUAUCUGAAAACCCAACAGAUGAGAGAGAAGGAGAGAUGGAAGUUCAUGAAGAUGCCAGCUCUGUUAUUUUACCAGAUAGUGAACUGGGUACCACUGCCCCUUCUUUGCGUUUCAGCAAGACCUGCCUAAAGAAUGUUUUUUCAGUAAUUCUCCUGUUUAUUUAUCUGCUGCUCAUGGCUGUAGCUGUGUUCCUUGUCUACCAAACCAUCAGUGACUUCAGGGAGAAGCUCAAGCACCCUGUCAUGUCUGUCUCUUACAAGGAAGUGUCCUUGUAUGAUGCACCUGGUAUUGCCUUUUACCCAGGCAAGGCUCGGCUGCUUAGCUGCAAACAUCAUUACUACGAUCACAUUCCGCCUCUGAUAAAUCCAGGUCAGCCAGGAGACAUCGAAUGCACCACUCAGAGGAUCAACUACACAGAUCCUUUUACUAAUCAAACAAUGAAGUAUGCUUUGGUUGUUCAAGGCCCUCGUGAUGUGAAGAAAAAGGAACUGGUGUUUUUGCAGUUUCAUUUAAAUGGAACAGACCAGGAUUUUAGCGCCAUUGACUACCUUCUGUUUUCUUCUUUCCAGGAGUUCAUCAACAGUCCAGAAAAAGCAGAAUUCAUGAAGGACUGUGAAAGUUCAUAUUCCAGCUGGAAGUUUUCCGGAGGCUUUCGAACUUGGGUCAAGAUGUCCUUGGUGAAAACAAAAGAAGAAGAUGGUAGUGAGACUGUUGAAUUCAAGCAAGAGACCAGCGUGGUUAACUAUAUUGACCAGAGAACUAAAUCAAUUAGUGACCAGCUGUUUUUCGUGGUAUUCGAAUGGAAAGAUCCUUUCAUACAGACUGUUCAAGAUAUUAUCACAGCAAAUCCCUGGAACAUGAUUGCUCUUCUUUGUGGUAUCUUUUUGGCUCUGUUUAAGGCAGCAGACUUUGCUAAAUUAAGCGUUAAGUGGAUGAUCAAAAUCCGAAAGAGACAUCUGAAGAGGAGUCAUCAAGUAAUGAACCACAUAAACUGAGACUAAGACUGCCUUUUAGCUAUUCAUAGCAGAUUGGAUAGAAAGUAACUAGAAUAAACUUCAAGCAGCAGUACAGAAUUAAAGAUUCAAAACAGGUAUGUUUUAUUCCAGAAAAUGAUGGCUGGAGGAACAGCCUGGUGAACUGGCCUUGGAACUUCAGAAAGGAGCUAACUCUAGGACAGGUCUAACAAACUCGUGCUUUUCUAUUCCAAAUUUAACAAGCUUACCUCAAUGUACGGGGGGACCAGGGGGAAAGGAGAGAAUUCACUGACUUUCAGAAAGUCACAGCGUAGUGGUUUAGUUCUAAAACAAGAGUGUCAGAAUGCUGCUCGGAACAGGAAGCCAUGUAGCUCUGCGUGACUGUGACCUGUGUCUGCCGCCGUAACGCAGUUCCUGCCGUGGCCACAGUUAAUGGAAGAUAAAGCACUCACCACAGAGCAGUCUGGCCUCCCCUCUCCAAAGUAUGUAUGUGUUAAAACAAAAUACACUGGAAUUCUAUUACGUGUCAUUUUUGACUUAAAAGUAUAGUGACUUUAAUAUUAAAAAAAUACUUCGAAUAA